AUGGUCGUCAGCCAUUUAACUGCUGGUGGAUCUAUGGAUGUCUUGAGGCACUACGUCGUGGUCGAUCAUUCGAGAAAGGCUCUUGUAUUUGCCAUCCGAGGGACAUUCUCCAUAUCGGGGGUUAUAUGUGAUUGGGUCUCCUUUUCUGCCCCAUUUUGUGGUGGACUGGGGCAUGUUGCCAUGUCGGAAGUAGCCAAGAAAAUGUGGGACUUGACCAAAAAUGAUGUAUUGGCCAAGCUUCAAGAAUUACCAGAUGACUAUGAUUUGGUCGUUACGGGCCAUUCACUUGGAGCUGGGGUAGCAACCCUCCUUACCAUUCUCCUCUACCACGAAAAAUGCAUUCCAAACAAUAAGAUCAGAUGCUUUGCAUUUGCUCCACCUCCCACCUAUCACCCUCUCAGUGCAGCACCCGAAGCGGUGGCGGCCACCACUGCUUACAUUCACGGGGACGACACGGUUCCCUUUUUAUCCGUCUAUCACUUGCGACGAUUCUUCAGGAGCAUGGCUGCUCUCAAGACGGCAACAAAAGGAAUGAGCACCUGGGACUUUCUACGCAUUGACUGGGGCUACGAUGAACCAAGUCAAGAAAUGGUCGAAGCAAUGAGAAAAGCAGAAGCACAAGACUUGAGAGCUGUCAAAGGAUCCGAGAAGCUAGCAAUUCCUGCCCAAGCUGUGGUUUGGAUGCAAAAAGGUAGUAGCACAGAGCACCCGGACGCCUUUCAUGCCAGUAUUUGUGACGCGCGCAAGCUGUCAGAGCUUCCCAUUCGCGUCCCAACAUCUCAGAGGCACAUGUUGGAACAUCAUCUAGCAUCCAAAUAUGAGAUUGCACUGCAAGGAGUGCAGCAGCAACCAGAGAAGGAUAAAGAGCAGUGA